GAAUUAAUUAACUAGACGUUGGAGUCCAGCAGCAAGGGUGAAGAAAGGAAAUGGAUUUUGGAUGCUCAGAGGUGAGUGUUUGGCAGGAAGCACUCUCUGCAUAUCCAUCGCGAAUCCAAUCUCUUACUCUCCACAAAAACAAACCUGAUUUGGUAUCUCUCGAUGAAUUCUACCGCAACGAACUCCCUUCCCUUCUUCACCAACGAAACCCUAACCCUUUCAUCACCACUCUCGAACUCUCCAAACUCAUGCAAUGGAAGCUCACACGCGGAAAAUCGAGGCCGCGUUUGUUGAAUUUUGUUUCCUCUCUAGAUGAUGCUGUUGUGAAAUCUGCUUCUGAGAAGGCUUUUCAGUGUCUUCCAGAUGUGUCGAAAGCGGUUACUGAGCUGAGCGCUUUGAAAGGCGUUGGUCCGGCCACUGCUUCUGCUGUCUUGGCUGCUUUCACGCCGGAGUUAGCCCCGUUCAUGUCCGACGAGGCUAUGGAAGCAGCUCUUGGAAACUCAAAAUAUUAUACGCUGAAGCAAUAUCUAAUUUUCGUCAAUAAACUGCAGACAAAAGCGAAGGAACUAAGUUCUGAAGGGGCCUCCUUUACCCCAUCUGAUGUAGAAAGGGCUCUGUGGAGUUGUGCGGUAGGGAAGUCAUCAGCAUCUCAAUCGAAUCAAGACCCUAAGACCAAUCCAAGCAAGAGCUCUAAAAGGAAGAGAAAAAAUUGACGUAGAUAGUGUCAGACCAACUAAUGAAAUAACAACUAAUAUCUGUUCUUUCUUGGGUCUGCUAGUUUUAUUCCUUGUUAGUGUCUUUUCCUUCAAUGUUGGACAGUAUUAGUUACUAUUAUCAGAUAUUUUAGUGCUUAA